AUGGCCAACUUUGUCUUCUCUCUACUUUGGGCUGUCCUUCUCAUCUUUAUUGCAUGGCCAGUUGCUGGAAUCUGCUGCGCCCUGUGGUUGCUUCUGCAGCCAUUUGAAGCUUGCUUGAGUUUCAUCAAGGGAAUCACUGGUUUCCUAGAGAAGUUGAUUACCUGGCCCCGUGAUGUCGGUCAUGCCAUCGCCAGUGGUUCCUCUUCAUUCCCUGCUCCGUUGUAA